GUUUUAUUCUGUUACGUACCGAAUUGAAGCAACGAGGGAAGAAACCGGCACGACUCUGUCAUAUAGAGGAUUUACGGACGUUAUAAAAACCACAUUACCGUUACUAUAACCGAAAAUAUCGUUCUCUUUUAAGCCUGUUGCGCUUGAAAUGUUACAAUUUAGGUUCUCGGGAGCGUUAAAGGAGUUUUGUAAACCGAAUCUGAGGCGCAUAUUGAAUAAUAGUAAGACAGAUAAUAAAACAAAAGUCGCGUCUCGCUCCAUCAGCGCCGCCGCCGGUGCGCUACCGCUGUCCUGGAGGCGCGUCGCCGCCGCUGGAAGAGGAUGCUGCGCGUCUUCGUUUAGACGCGCACUGUGUACCCGGACGGACGCGGCCGACCAAGCCCAGAAAAAUGCGCUCGGCCCUGAAGCCGUGGAGAAAAGAAGGAAGGCAGGCAUUUUGCCCAGCCUGGAAGAUCUCCUGUUUUACACCAUUGCAGAGGGACAGGAGAAAAUUCCAGCACACAAAUUUACCACGGCGUUAAAAGCCACUGGUCUGCGUACCGGAGACCCUCGUCUUAAGGAGUGCAUGGAGAUGUUGAAGGUCACGCUAAAAACCACAUCAGACGGCGCUCUGGAUAGACAACUUUUUAAAAAGUGUGUGCAAAGCAACAUCGUUCUGCUGACUCAGGCAUUCCGCAAGAAGUUCGUCAUUCCCGACUUUCAGUCGUUCACCUCCCACAUCGAUCAAAUUUACGAGAGCGCUAAAUCCUUGUCAGGUGGCCAGGUGGCGGACUACAUUCCUCAGCUAGCAAAAUUUAGCCCAAAUCUUUGGGCUGUUUCCCUCUGCACUGUAGACGGCCAACGAUACACCGCGGGUGAUACGAAAGUCCCGUUUUGUCUGCAGUCAUGCGUGAAACCCUUAAAAUAUGCCAUCGCGGUUCACGACCACGGCACCGAAUAUGUACACCGAUUUAUAGGGAAAGAGCCCAGCGGUCUACGAUUCAACAAACUUUUCCUUGAUGAAGAUGAUAAACCUCACAAUCCCAUGGUAAACGCUGGCGCCAUAGUGUGUACAUCUCUUCUCAAGCAAGGCGUAAGCAACGCUGAGAAAUUCGACUACGUGAUGAACUUUAUGAAGAAGUUGGCAGGAAAUGAAUAUGUCGGUUUUAGCAAUGCUACGUUUCAGUCCGAGAGACUGUCGGGUGAUAGAAAUUUCGCCAUUGGUUACUACCUGAAGGAAAAGAAGUGUUUCCCAGAAGGUACAGAUAUGACCGCCAUCUUGGAUCUAUAUUUCCAGUUGUGCUCUAUCGAGGUAACCUGUGAAAGCGCCAGCGUCAUGGCGGCGACCUUGGCUAACGGUGGCUUCUGUCCAAUCACGGGCGAGCGUGUGUUGAACCCGGAGGCCGUGAGGGACACCCUGAGUCUCAUGCACUCUUGCGGCAUGUACGACUUUUCCGGACAGUUUGCUUUCCACGUCGGUCUUCCGGCCAAAUCGGGUGUUUCUGGUGGCAUCCUGCUGGUGGUGCCUAAUGUAAUGGGUGUCAUGUGUUGGUCUCCUCCUCUUGAUAAACUGGGCAACAGCGUGCGUGGCAUCCAGUUCUGCACGGAUUUGGUCCAGCUUUUUAAUUUCCACAACUAUGAUAAUUUACGCCACUUCGCCAAAAAACUGGAUCCGCGCAGAGAGGGAGGAGAACAGCGGGUCAAGUCGGUUAUCAACUUGCUGUUUGCUGCCUACACAGGGGAUGUAUCUGCCUUGAGGAGGUUUGCGUUGUCGUCAAUGGAUAUGGAGCAACGAGACUACGACUCCAGAACUGCUCUCCACGUAGCAGCCGCUGAAGGUCACACUGAAGUCGUGCGUUUUCUCUUGGAGGCCUGUAAAGUAAAUCCAGAGCCCAAAGACAGGUGGGGUAACACGCCAAUGGAUGAGGCCGUUCAUUUCGGCCAUCAUGAUGUGGUAACCAUCCUUCAGGACUAUCACACCACCUACAGCCCCAAGGACAUCACAGCCGAUGGAGAAAAAGAGACGGCUGAGAAGAAUCUGGACGGGAUGUUGUAGAGAUGUUUAAAGUGGAGCAAACAGUUACAGAACAAACAAACAAACAGUGUUUGGACCCUUUUAAUCCUGUUUUGUGGUGUUUGUGGUGUGUGUGUGUAACCGCUGUAGUUUUGUUUUACUGUACUCGGAGGAAUGUAUGUAGAGUCUCAUAAAAGUCUUAUUUAGCCGUAACUCCACCUGAACGGGCAAUACAAAUCGAAUAUACUCAAAUAUACACUUUAAUAUGUAAGAUGUAACUGUGCGUUCACACCAGACGCGGAAGAGGCGGCAAGCGCAAGUGAUUUACAUGUUAAAUCAAUGCAAAGACGCAUUUGCAAAUAGUGAUAAGCGCGAAUGGUGCGCCGCCGAUGGCGCGUUUCGCGCGAAUUGAGCGUUGCCACAGGAAAUUUGAAAAAUCUGAACUUUGCCGGAUAUUCGCGCCACGUUAACCAAUCAUGAGCUUGCUCUAGUAGUGACGUGAUUACAGGAAGCGAGUAGAGUCGCCGACGCCCCACCCAUGACGCGAAUUUCCGCCUGAAUGUCUCGAAUGACUUAUGCCACGUAAACACCAAACGCGGGGCACAGCGUUACUUUCUCUAGAUUACUCGCGGGAUUUAACUUCGUGUUAUGCUAAUUUUUCGCUCAAGUUGAAUAUUUGGACAAAGACGCGUUUGAGCAGAAAGUGUGUGUUUUCGCUGCAAACGCGCCACCCAUAUCGCGUCAUUCGCAUCGCCUCACGCAAGGAUGCGUCUUUGCGCAAAUCGUUAAACUCGUGUCUGGGGUUAACCCACAGUAAAAAUUUCAUGUGCGGCUUGCAUUCGUAAAUGAAGCGAGUAAACUCAAAACUUUCAAGCGUCCAUAUAUUUUUGCCGCCUCUUCUGCGUCUGGUGUGAAUGCACAGUAAGACUAUAUAUAUAUAUAGUACGGUUUAAGAAGGUUUUUGUUUCGUACAAACAUAAAGAUGUCAAAUAGAUAUUUAAUCAAAGAUAUCUAAGAAUAGCAGCUUUAGAGCACUGACCAGCAUUAGGUGAGAUAUGUAACAAAUCUAUUUACUUUUUUAUUUAUUAUUUUACUCUAAAUGUUGACCACAAAACCAGUCUUGAGUCGCACAUUUAUUUGUAGCAAUAGCCAACAAUACAUUGUAUGGGUCAAAAUUAUCUUUUUAUUUGAUGCCAAAAAUCCUUAGGAUAUUAAGUAAAGUUUCGUAAAGAUAUUUUGUAAAUUUCCUAACGUAAAUAUAUCAAAACUUUAUUUCUGUUAGUGGAUCCAGUUGCUAAAGACUUCAUUUGGACAACUUUAUAGGCGAUAUAUUUAGAUUUUUGUUUUUGUACCCUCAGAUUCCAGAUUUUUAAAUAGUCUCGGCCAAAUAUUGAGUAUGUUUACAUGUAUUCUUACGGCAAUUAUGCUUAAUAAACGAAUAAUGUGUGAGGUCAGGUAAACGUGUAAAACGGUUUUCAUUUAUAAGGGAAAGCCCAUAAAUGGCGUAAAAAAACGAUCGGCACAUGUAGUUUUUUUCCUCAUCACCUAGAUUUCGGAUUGCAUGUAAACAUUUUAACCGGUUUUCUCACAGUUUUGUUCACGUGUGCAUGUCUCUCUUAUUUCAGCAUGUGACUUUAUCUUUCACACGCGGAAAUAAGCGCAAAGUAACGCAUUACGCAUAAAAGUCUGCACUCGGAUGGUCAAGUAGUUGGCAGAGACACUGCGAAAAUAAAAGCUCAUGUUACAUUUACAGUUUCUGCAGACACAAGA